UAAUGUUAAGAUAAAUAUGUUAAUUUGAUAUGAUAAGUAAAUUGCAAGAGUUACUUGGUGAUUUAAAAACCAUUAAAGAAUAUUUAGUUAAGCUUAGUUAUGAUAGAAGGACGCCUGAAGUCCUUAAUGCAAAGUUAGAAGAGGCAUUUUUAAUAUAUUCUAACUAUCUAAAAAUUUGUGAACAAGUCCAGGUAGAUAUCGAUAAGAAAAAACUGACUGGUCAAAGCUUAUUGGAUGUUCAGAAUUUUUAUGAACAUAUUAGGAGUUUGUAUAAGCAAAUAGAGGAUUUUUGUCACAAAACCUAUACAAGUUCAAAUCCACCGUCUAAUAAAAAUUUCAAAAUGGGCGAGUUUAACUUGAAAAUAGCGCUUUCAUUAAUACCGUCCAUGACUGACGAUGAAGUUGCAAUUAAUCAAUUAAUAAACUCUAUAGAAUACUACGACUCUACCUUAAAAAGUGACGCGAAACAACAGUUCAUAAACUUUGUCUUGAAAAAUAGACUUACACAAGUAGCUAAAUUAAAGUUAAGUUCGUCAUAUACUUCUGUCCAAAAUUUAGUGACAGAUAUGAAAAAACUAUUGUUGCCUAAAAAAUCAGCCACAGCUAUUCAAAAUAGAUUGCAGACCUUGAGACAAGGAGAAUCUUCGAUUGAUGACUUUGGUCAAAAAUUGUCGAAAAUGUUUGUAGAUCUCACGAUCGCGCAAUCAGACGGUGACUCAAAUGCAUUUAAAGUAUUAAAAGGUCUUAAUGAAAAACAAGCGAUUAAAAGAUUCGCGGACGGAUUGCGCAAUCGUCGAGUAAGUACAAUUAUUGCAGCUCGGGAUUACGACUCUUUAAAAGACGCCAUACAGGGUGCCAAGGACGAAGAGACGACUUCAAGCAAUACGUCAAGUGAUGUAUUUUCUUUUAACCAUCGUAAAACAACUUAUUUCAGUAGAGGGCGCAAGGACGCUACGCAACCCAGGACAUUCGGCAACAGGAGCAUCAUACAACUACAGGAGCAGAGGAGCUGGCAGAGGAGGCUACCAGUUCCAGAGCAAUCACCGAGGCAGAAACUAUCAAGGAAACCGAGAUAUGGCAUACCGAAACGGAUAGCGACCGACAAGGGUACAGAGUUCCUGUCAGCUACUUUCAAAGAGGGCCCGUAG